GUUGACGAUGCGUUUCUGAUGUUGGGUGCAUGGCGUUCGACCGAUCGACGUCUCGGUGUCGAGAAACGAAUGGCGCUCGCAAUGAGCGAUGCAGGUGUUUCGAUUACGGUAACGUCACUCACAAACUUCGGUUGCUUUGCGUUGGGUUAUUUCCUGUGCUCAACACCAGCUGUGGCCGAUUUCUGCAUUCUUACGGCUUGUGGCGUAAUGCUUGAUUACGCUUUCCAAAUAACCUUUUUCGCAGCCUGUAUGGUAUACGGUGGACGAAGAGAGGAUGCUGGAGGUCUUUUGUCGUGUUGCUAUCACACCGAAUCGAUCAACGGAAAGUCGAGUUUGAGUGAGAAGCAGGAGAGAAGCUCAAGUUAG